AUGAAAAGCCACCGUGACAAUAAACACAUAAGUUUUGCAGUUGUAAAAUUUGUGGUGUCCUUUUUGUUAAUCAACAUCUGUGCUAUUAGUGUAAGAAAAAAUGUAAAAAACAGUAGAUUCAUCAUGCACCAAAAUGACGAAAGUGACAUAGCGAUGGGAAAAGUAGUUCCCUACUUUUCGGAGGAGACAACCAUAUUCGAUAAUUUUAUCGUCAAAAACGUAAGCCAUGAGGACAAUAUCUGUAUAAACUCAAUUCGAAAUAAUAAAAACUUAAACCUACCCAUGGAACAUAUGUUAAAUCUAGAAAAUCAGACGCACGCGAUAAAAGUGGGCAACAAGAGAAACAUUUAUGGCUACACAAAUAAUCUGCUACGAGAUGGGAACUAUCAACUGUCUAACAUCGCAUUAACAUUUAAGGUACCCAUAAAUCACGAAAUGUGCGAAUUUUAUUCCUUUAAUAAGUAUAUUCUUCAUGUUAACUAUUUGAAGAGGGUAAGUUUUGAAGAAAUCGAAACCAAGUUACAAAAAGGCGUUUUUGUAUUAAUAAAAUUACCUGAUGGUUACGACUUAAAUAAAUCCGUUGCUGAAUUUACGGGGGAUAAAUAUUCUAUGUCGAAAGGCACACUAGAAAAUGACUACAUAAAAAUUGAUAUCUCCAAUGCCAUCCAGUAUCACAUAUGUCAAAAAGAAAACCACAACAAGGAUAGCAAUUCGAAUGAGGCCAAUCAGAGUGACAAUGUGGAUAGCUACGUUCAUGGGAAGAGCGUCGAAUUUGUUCUUUUUACUUCUCACGAGUUGAGUGACAUUAUUUUGUUUUCACCAGAAAUAAAGGAUCCGCAGUUUCUGCAUAAUUAUAAAAAUAUGAGGAAUAUUUUGAAGCUUAAGAAAAAGCUAAAAGAGAAGCACUUCAAGUGGGAGGACUGGUCUCCAUGCUACAGCGUGUGCAGCGACGAAUUUUCAUACAGAUGCAGGCGGAAUAAAUGCCUGGAGGAAGAUGCAGACUUUUGCGAUAGGUAUUUUAACCUCAGAUUUCAGAAAUGUCAAUCGGCUGCUUGCCAAGUGUUGUUAAAAGAAAAAAUUAAUGAAGUCCCAAAGGAAGCUGUCCAGGAAGGUGAACAGAAAGAUAACAAAGCUGAGGAAGUAAAAGAUCAAAAUGUUGAUGUGGUUGCUGAUGCGGGUGCUGAUGCGGUUCCUGGUGCCGGUACUGAUACCGCCACCUUAGCUGCUAAUGCUGCGUCGAACGAAGCAGAAAACACACAGUUAGAAGUGGAGAGACAUGCAGCGGAAGAGGAUGAAUAUUUAGACGCACUCAAGUUCAGGCGACGAAAGGAAAAGAAAGUGAACUUCUUUAUGUGGAUAAUAAAUAAUAAAAAAAUGGCCCUCGGGUUAGUAUUAUUUUUACUGGGAGCUAUAAUUUUCGGAUGCAUAUAUUGCUAUGUAAGCUCCAGUCUAGGUUUUCAUAAUGAUGAAGAAUAUUGUGUGUCAAAGUACAGAGCUCAGGCGGUCAAUUAAAACUUUUUUUUAAUUUUUUUUUUU